AACAUCAAUUUUUUUCUUUUGUUUUUCUAGGAAACCAAACAACUAAACCACAAACAUCAAAUCUCAAUGAUUAGGGAGAAAAGAUUUGGAGAACCACUCAUAAGCGACCGGCGACCAUGGAUCCAUGCCGGCGAAAUUACUGCCAAAAAGGUCCCCUCACGGACCGAUCCCACUUGUUAACCCGAAGUCCUGCUUGGAUUCUUACUGUAGAUCACGUUCUGGUCUUUGGACUAGACGAAAAUCAGGGAGGAACAGGAGUAAGGGAGGGAAAAGGAAGAUGAAGAAGAACAAGGAACAAGGAGAUGAGGAAGAAAAUCAAUUCCGGCUGUUGACGGGGAAGAUGGGUUCUAGAGUCAACGUCGGCGCCGUGAAAACCUACAAGUGGUAAAGAAUCAUGGGGGAGAGGAGGGGUAAAAACUGAAAAUAGACAUUUAAUCCCACCCAAUCCCAUGGGGGAGGUGAGAUUGGUUUUUUGUUUUAAACAGUUGUGAAAUCCCACCUUCUCUUGGGGAGGUAAGAUUGUUU